GAGAGAGAGAGAGAGAGAGAGAGAGACGCAACUUGAUAGGUUUGGAGACUGAGCGCCGCGCGGCUCUGCGUGUCGCUGCAGGACAGUGCGCUGGACAGCGCUUCGCGGAAUAAACACACCACCCUUUCCACCUGGACUGAGUGAAGGCACUUUCCUGGAUGAAGGAAAAGACCCGAUUAACACAUCCUUAUUCAGACAAGAACUUAUUUCACGUUUAGACACAAAUGAUAGCGGCUGAAUAAGGAAUACAAAGAAGCGCGAGAAGACAAACACACACACACACACAGUGGGAAAAGUUCAGAAGUAGGAGAAGAGAGUGAAAACUAACUGACCUGCAUUCGUGCGCGACGAUCUUUUUCGCGUUGCCGGCUUCGGCACAGUUACUUAUCUAAGUGCCUUGUGCGCGCGCGCUUGUGCGCGCGUGUGUGUGUGUGUGUGUGUGUGUGUGCGCGCGCAGCGCUGGGGUGUGCGACACCCGGCGAGCGCGCACUUUCUCGCCACGCGGAGCCCGGAGACUCGAGACAAGACGGACCGGGGAGAAGACGAUGUUCACGGCUUAUGUGGCCCUUUGUCUUAUGGCGGCAGCUUCUCAAGCGGCCUACUUCUCGCAGCAGCCGCAGGACCAGGUCGUCGUGUCGGGCCAGUCGGUGACACUGCCCUGCGUCAUUGUGGGAUACCGCGGCAUGGUGCAGUGGACCAAGGACGGCCUGGCGCUGGGAGGGGAGAGGGACUUGCCAGGCUGGACUCGGUACUCCUUGAUGGGCGACGCGCUAUCAGGAGAGCACAGCUUGCUGAUCGAUUCGGCGGAGCUGGCUGACGACGCCGUGUACGAGUGUCAGGCCACACAGGCGGCGCUACGCUCGCACCGUGCUAAACUCACCGUGCUGGUGCCCCCGGGUGACCCAGUAGUGGAGGGUGGUCCAGUGGUCAAGCUGAAGGCUCAUACUCCUCACAACCUGACCUGCAGGGCCUCUGGGGCAAAACCAGCAGCUGAGAUCACGUGGUACCGAGACGGCGAGAUCCAGGAGUCUGCCAUAUACUCCAAGACACUGAUGGAGGAUGGGAAACGGGAGGCGGCCGUGAGCAUGCUGCCCCUGGUCCCGGAUGAUAAGGACUCGGGACGUACGUACACCUGCAGGGUCCUGAAUCCCGCCGCUCCAGCCGGCCGACAGACAUCCGUCACCAUAAACGUUCAACAUCCGCCUUCGGUGACCCUGUCAGUCCAGCCUCAAACCGUCAUGGAAGGAGCCAAGGUCCUGUUCAUCUGCUCAGCCUCCGCGAACCCCGAGAUCACAGGUUACCGUUGGUCUAAGGGUGGCAUCCCCAUCUCGGAGGCCAAUGGCGAUAGCUUGGAGGUGACAGUGGACCACUCCUACUUCACGGACCCAGUGUCCUGCGAGGUGUCCAACUCGGUGGGCAGCACCAACGUCAGCACGCUUGUGGACGUCCAGUUUGGCCCCAGGCUGCUGUCAGAGCCCAAGCCCCUGGUUGUAGACAUUGGGAUGGAUGCAGCGUUCACUUGCUCCUGGACAGGGAACCCCCCUCUGACCCUGGCCUGGACCAAGCAGGGCUCCAGUGUGGUGCUCAGCAACAGCAACACUCUGCAGCUGAAGGCUGUUACCCAAGAGGAUGCCGGCACCUACACGUGCAAAGCCAUCGUGCCCAGGAUCGGGGUGGCAGAGAGGGAUGUCACCCUCACCGUGAAUGGCCCUCCCAUCAUCACAGCAGAUGCCACACAACAUGCAGUCAAGAACUCUAAGGGCAAGCUGGAGUGCUUGGUGGGGAGCAGUCCUCCUCCUGAAAAGAUCGUGUGGACGUUUGGUGACGUGAGCCUUUCCGCUGGCACCUCUGGCCGCUUCACUGUCCAGACAGUGACCAGCGAUCGCGGGGUCCUGUCUUCUCUGAUCCUCUCAGAGACACACGCCCAAGACUUUGAGUUGCGCUACAACUGCACAGCCUGGAAUCGCUUUGGCACAGGAACAGCGCUGGUCAUCCUCAAGGAGCAAGAGGCCCUUCCCAUGCUCAUCAUCGUGGGAGCUACAGUUGGAGGUGGCUGCGUUCUCAUCAUCUGCAUCAUCACUCUGGUGUCCCUGUGCUGCAGGAACUCUGUGAAAGGUAAAAAAGGCACCAGACUCUCCAAAAGUGAUAUCAGAGUUCAGAUAGUGCACAGCGACCACAAUGCGACGCGGGGCAAUGACGACGAGGAAGAUGUCAAGGAACCCAUGGCCCCAAACAGUAGCGAGUCUCCCGGAACGUCCCGCACAGAACACAGCGACCUUCUGGAGGAGGAGGAAGACGAGCGAUCUGACAUAAAGGACCCCACUAACGGCUAUUACAAUGUUCGCGCCCAUGAGGACCGUCACGUACGCAGCGGGUUCUCCGAGUAUGUGCCCAACCCGAGGCCCGUCUACACCCCGUCUCAGCUGCCCUCACCCAGCCCUCUCUACGGGCAGCACACAGCCCAGUCCCGGAUUUACGACUUCUCCCAUCGCUAUGCUACUACGACCGGCACUCGCUCCACCUACGAGCAGCAGCAACAGCAGCAACAGCAGCUCCAGAUGCAGCAACAGCAUCAGCAGCAACAGGGCAUGUAUCCAACAGAGCCCCUCUACGGCAGCUCCGCUUACCUGCCCGCCACCUACGGCCGAGCCUUCACCAGCUACGUGAAGCCCUCGACAUACGAGAAGGUGGACGCCUACGACCACUCAGACCAAGCUAGCAAAGUGUCCAGUUCUUCCCGCUUCUCCUAUGCCUCGUCCCAGGUGUCCUCACAGCAGUCCGAUUACGGACGGCCCUCACAGCAGCGCAUGCAGACGCACGUUUGAUCACACUGAUGCAGCAGAGGCUGUAGUGGAGGUGGAGCAACUUACACAGGGCUCUUUUCAAAAGCCUGUGCUGAUGCUGGUUUCCUUUCCCCUGGAAAUGACAGAAAGGGAUCCACGCAUGGAUUUUGGUUCUGAAGAAUUUUUUUUUAUUUGU